AUGUAUGGGAAAUGUGGCAGUGCUGCGGAGGCACGCGCGAUUUUUGACGGGAUGAGCAACAGGGACUCGUUUUCCUGGGAGAUCAUGCUUGCGGCUUACUCUCGCAACCGUCAGCUGGAUGCCGCCACCGAGAUCUUUGAGACAAUGCCUCACAGAACUCUGGUUGCGUGGAACAUCAUGCUGUCUGCGAACUCGGGAAACGUUAUUCGAGUGGAAGCAUUUUUUGAAAGGAUGCCGCAGUGGAAUCUAGUCUCUUGGAACUCCAUGUUUACUGCAUAUGCCCGGGCAGGAUAUCUGGAGCAAGCGCAAAUUACCUUCGGUAAGAUACCCGAGAAGAAUCUUGUUUCCUGCAAUGCAAUGCUGGCUGUGUACUUGCAGAUGGACGACGUCGAGGGAGCGCACGAGAUGUUCCAUUUGAUGCCACUGCACAAUCUCAUCUCCUGGAACACUCUCCUCGCCGUGCUUACCCGGGCCGGGGAAGCCAUCGCUGCCAAGAUGGUCUUUCUGGAAAUGCCAGAACGAGAGAUAAGAUCAUGGAACACAAUGCUCGCUCACGGUUUGAGCGUCGAAGAGGCAGCGUCGUCAUUCAGCGCCAUGCCCGAGCGCGAUCUCUUCUCAUGGACAGCGCUGGUAGUGGUGCUCGCGAGAAAUGGCCGCGUGGGCGAUGCAAGGCGAGUGUUCUACGCAAUGCCCGAGUGGAGUGCGUGCUCUUGCACCGCGAUCAUCUCCGCGCUCUCGCAAGAGGGCUCUCUGGACGAGGCGCGCUCCAUCUUUAUCGAGCUUCCCGAGCGGGAUAGCAUCUGCUGGAACGCGAUGCUCGGUGCUUACAUCCAAGCGGAUGAUCUCCAAAUGGCCAAGUCUCUCUUUGAAUCCAUGCCUUGGCGAGAUAUCCCGAGCUCCAACACAAUGCUGGGGGCGUAUGCCCAUUCCGGGCAUCUCUCAGAAGCUCGGAGUAUCCUCGAAAGCCUCCACCACUGCGACUUGAUAUCGUGGAACGCGAUGAUAUCUGCUUAUGCUCAGGCUGGGCAUUUGGACGAAGCCAAGGUUUUGUUUGAUACGAUGCCGCAAAGAGACAUAGUUUCAUGGAACUCGAUGUUGGCUGCCUUUGCUCGUUGUGGCCAGCUUGGAGAAGCCCAGAAACUUUUUCGAGAGAAGAUGCUGCAGCAUAAUCUCGCUAGCUGCAAUGGAAUGGUAUCGAUGUUGUCCCAGCAUGGGCGUGUGGAAGAGGCCAAGUGCGUGUUUGACGAAAUGCCGCACAGGAAUCUAGUGUCCUGGAAUUCUAUGCUCGGAGCUUACGCUCGAAGCGAGCUUUACACCGAUGCGACUGGGCUGUUUGAUCAAAUGCCGGAGCAUAGCAUGCUCUCGUGGAAUCUCCUCCUGGUCUCACAUUCCCGAGAUGUGGAUGCCUUGUCUCGUAAAAUUCUUAGCCAAGCAAUGCCUGAGCGGGACUUGAUAUCCUGGAACACCUUGCUAGCUGCGUAUGCCGAGAACCAAAAGUUUGAAGAGGCAUGGAAACUCUUCCAAGGCAUGCCUGAGAUUGCUCUAGACACUUACAAUCUCAUGGUUUCUUUCUUCCCAAAAUCGAUCUUCCAAAUGCUCUACAUGGAAGGCUUGCAGCCAAACGAGACAACUUUUGUUUCUGCUCUCCAAGUUUGCAAUUCGAGAAUGGAUCUAGCGCAGGGAAAGCAGAUUCACUCAAGUGCUCUUGAUAAUGGGUUUGAUUCCAGUGCACACGUUUGCAACACAGUGAUCAAAAUGUAUUCCACCUGUGGAAGCAUCCCUCUCGCAAGACAAGCUUUCGAGUCGUUGAGCUCGAGUAAAGAUGUGGUAUCCUGGAACUGCAUGAUCCAAGCGUAUGCCCAACACGGGUAUAGCCAAGAGGCGCUCGAGUUGCAGAAGGAGAUGCAGCUGGAAGGAAUCAAACCAAACGAGCUCACACUCUUGGGCAUUCUUUCGGCGUGCUGUCAUGUUGGGUUUGUGGAGCUAGGACACAGAUACUUCGGGGAAUUCGUCCUAGAUCAUGGGAUCAAUCCAAGGCGAGAACAGUAUGGAUGCCUCGCAGAUCUCCUGGGAAGAGCCGGAUCUCUGGAAACCGUGGAACGAUUCAUCAAAGCCUUGGCUUGUGAGAAAAAUUCGGUGUUUUGGAAAGCAUAUCUGGGAGCUUGCGCGACACAGAGCGAUGCCAAGCGAGGGCGGAGGGUCGCUGGAAUGGCUAUGGCAGAGAAGAGCGAUCCCGCCUUCUACAUGCUUGCGUGGAAAAAUCUGACGGUCAGCAUUUAA